AUUUCAUUAUGAUUUUCAUCCACUUCAUCUUGUUCCUAUAAAUAACAAAGCCUGUCCAUCUUUUCCAUACAAUCCCUUUGACUUAGUCCUAAGCACUCCAAUUUCUUCUAGAACUUCUUCUCCUUCUUCCAAUCAAUUUUCAACACACAAUGGCCACUUGGACAACAAAACAAAACAAGAAAUUUGAGGAGGCAUUGGCUUUAUUUGACAAGGACACUCCUGAUAGGUGGCAUAAUAUAGCUAGGUGUGUUGGUGGAAAAUCAGCAGAAGAAGUGAAAAGGCACUAUGAAUUGCUUGUAAAAGAUGUCAUGCAGAUAGAAAAUGAUCAAGUUCCUUUGCCCAAUUAUAGGGCCAAUGGUAGCAAUGGAAGAAGUUAUUCCAAUGAACAAAGGCUUAUGCAGAAUUUGAGGUUGUAGCAAGAAGAAAAUUGCAUCGAUGUUCAAUGCCAUCAGAUUAUCAGUACUAUAUAAUGCAAACAAAAGUUAAUCCAUGUCUAUUUAUACUAAUAUAAUAUGUAUUAAACUACUUUAAUUUGUUGCUAAAAUGUAUAAUAUUACGGAAAUAAUAC